GAAAAAAUGGAUGUCUGAAAUGGUCACAGCUCUAUUUCUUCGGUAGUCGGUUGUUGAUGAUGUUGUUCCUACAUACAUAACUACAAUACUCAUUCUCUCUCUGCGCUUACAAGAGUGACGAAACUUGUCUUUCUAUCCUUGUAACGCCAACCCAACGCCAUCAUCAUCCAUUUCAUUUCCUCACACACCUCGAUAAAGCCAAUCACACCACCACCCUCUCGUUCUCUCUCUCUUUCCCAUCGCAAUCGCAAUCGCAAUCCCAAUCCCAAUUUUGGAUUGGGUGCGUCUUAUUGCAUCGUCCCUUUGACGCUAAGAUUGCUUGUGGUGUCAAAACCGGUUAGCCUCACCCAACCCAACCCAGACGCAGAUGCAGACUCUGGGUUUGGUGGCUCCUGUUCUUGGAUUUUACCACAGGUUCCUCCGAUUUUUUAUCCGCUUCAUUCUCCUCAUGUUCAUGGAUAUCCCAUCAACCUUCAACUUCCUCACCCAACUCACUGAACUCGGUUGCGGUUUUCUCCUCCUAGGUUACGUUUCGCGCAUCUUCAACAUCCUUGGUCUCCUCUUGAUCUUCCUCUCCUGUCUCCGGUUUCUCCGGUCUCCGAUCGGAAAACCGCCCAGAGAGGAAAAUCUCAAGGAGGAAAUAGAAAAUAACAACAAUAGCAGUAGUGGUGGUAGUGGUUCCAGGGAGGAGAAUUUGGAGGAUGAGAUGUUCGACGUAGUGUCCCUGAGGAAGAUGGUGAAGUCGGAGCGGCAACGGUUCAAUGCGGCGUGCGCGGAGAUUGAGAAGGAGAGGGGGGCAGCGGCCUCCGCGGCCGAGGAGGCGAUGGCGAUGAUCCUGCGGCUGCAGAGCGAGAAGAGUGCAGUGGAGAUUCAGGCGACGCAGUUUCGGAGGGUGGUGGAGCAGAAACAGGAGUACGAUCUCGAAGUGAUUGAGUCGCUACAGUGGACGGUGGAGCAGGUGGAGUCACAGAAGAAUCUUCUCGAACGGCAGUUAGGGGUUUUAAGGGAGAGGCUCAGAGACUUCCUCAAUGAUCACGACAUUCAGCAGCGGGUUCAGGAACAGGACCAGGAAGGGGAACAGGACCAAGAACGGGAACAAGAAAAGGAACGAGAUCAGGAACAAGAAAAGGAACGAGAUCAGGAACAAGAAAAGGAACGAGAAAAGGAACAAGAAAAGGAACAAGAAAAGGAACAAGAUCAGGAACAAGAAAAGGAACGAGAAAAGGAACAAGAUGAGGAACGAGAAAAGGAACGAGAAGAGGAACGAGAAAAGGAACGAGAAAAGGAACAAGAAAAGGAACUGGAACAUGAACCGGAGCAUGAACAAGGCACAGCCAGUGAUGUCGAUCUCGAUCUUGAUCUUGCCGUAGUUGACGAAGAUAUUGAACGUGAUGAGGAUGCCGAUAGUGGUAGCGGGUUCUUGAAUUUCUCUGUUGAAUAUAAUGAUGAUUUAGAUGCGGCCUCUUCGCAAAAUCCCUCUCCCACACAAACACCCCAGCACUUUGAUGGUGAAAUAGCUACACAGGAAUAUAGGUUCAAAGUUGGCUCAGUUUUGCUGUAUUAAUUGUGUGUGUGAGUGAAUUUCAUGAUGCACAUUUAACAUUGCACAAGUAUCUGUCUCGUGAUCAGGUUUCAAA